AUGCCGAAGCCGGGAGUUCGCGGCUCAGGUCGCGACCCCCCGCGCUCCCCCUCCCCCCCCGCGCGACCGCUAGCGCACAGAACGACAUCGCUGCCGGAUCUCGGUGGCGAGUCGCACGACGCGCCGCAGCGGCCCGCUGAGGUGAGAAGAGGACCAAGCACCCGCGGCGACAUCGCCCACCCUGCUGGCAGUGGCAGUACCAGCAGUGGAGCGAAUACCGCCGCGAGACACAGCGUCCCCAAACGCCCUACAAACUUUCGCCCGGUGCCAUCGCACCCCCCGGGACCAGCAACAGUGGGUCGAGCGCAGCAAGUGCGCGCCCCCCCACCGCAACCUCGCCCCUCCGCCGCGAAACAAGCGCGUCCGGAUACGCAGCCCGCGAGUGCCGUCACGUCCCCCGCGCGCCCCGCGCCCUCGGACGCAGUGCCGCCGCGUUCCGACGCGCCGCCCGCGCGCUCCGCCACGCGCCCCGCCGCGAGUGUGACUAGUGCGCGAGUCGGUGGGCAAGCUGUGUGCUCAGCAGCACCCCCCGCGCGCCCCGCCGCACGGUAG